AAAAUGUCAAAGCGAGUUGUAGUUUACGAAGAGAAAAUAAAUAUGUAAACAAAGAGUUCUAAAUUGUACAAUUUGUAUUGUACAAUUCGUCGUGAUCCAGCCCUCAUAAAAAUGACCUCGUCAGAAUCCGCCCAGCGACCGGAUCCGUUCGAAGGAAUGGACAUUGCGGACACCGACUUUUUGAUGGACGUCGAGGGCCGCAGCUGCUGUCCUAGUUGUGGCAAAUCACGCAAGUUUUUCUGCUACACAUGCUACCUUCCGGUCGGGGAAAUUGAAUCCCGCGUGCCUCGUCUUACUCUGCCGGUGAAAAUUGACGUGAUAAAGCAUAGGAAUGAGAUCGAUGGCAAAAGUACUGCUGUUCAUGCGGCCAUUCUGGCACCAGACGAUGUUAAAAUCUACACCUAUCCAAACAUCCCCGACUAUCGGACAGAGGAGGGUGUUGUGUUGAUAUUCCCCACUCCGACUGCACUUACAGUGGCCAGUUUAUUUAGCGGCGAAACGUACCAGAUGAAGGAAAACUAUGGCCUUCCAAAGGGAUAUCAUAUGGGUACGUUGUUGCGCUUUCGAUUAAACGACAUCGUGGACACGCACCAUCAGGCAAACUGCUCCAGCGCAAUCGAAUGUAGUACCAGCAGCUUCCCUGUGAAACGAGCCGUCUUCAUUGAUAGUACAUGGAGCCAGUGCCGUGGGAUAUACAAGGACGAGCGGCUCUCUUGUUUGCGUACCGUUGUGAUACAGAACAGGAUUUCCCAGUUCUGGCGCCAUCAGCGCAAUAGCCCACGCUGGUUUCUUGCGACGGUCGAAGCGAUUCAUCAGUUUGUGCUCGAGGUGCACGUUGCUGCUUGGGGUCUGGACAGCCGAUACCAUGGACUGGACCACAUUCAUCUGAAGAUGGAUCAAAUUCCGAAGGAUCGCAUUUUUCAUCCGAGCGAAGUGAAUCCGAAUGAGGUCCAACCGUACAACGGACAGUACGAUAACAUAUUGUUCUUCUUUCGUCAUAUGUACAACCUCAUACACAAGCAUUAUGAUCACGAACAGCUAAAAGCGUACAAACGGCCACUGUACUAGUGAAAAACAUUAAAACACUACUCACACACGCCUUUCCUACAAACAAGGGAAUGUCAGCCCAUAGUA